CUCUUCAUGUGGUGCAAUCAAAAUAAACUGAUGCACGUGUAAUAUAAUAUACUAGAAUUUAACAUUAAACCACAAAUAUGCGUAUAGAAACGUGUUACUUCUGUUCCUCAAGGAUAUAUCCAGGUCAUGGAAUACAAUUUGUAAGAAAUGACUGCAAGAUAUUUAAAUUUUGCCGUUCAAAAUGCCAUGCAGCAUUUAAAAAGAAAAAGAAUCCGCGUAAAGUAAAAUGGACCAAGGCGUACAGGAAAACAGUAGGCAAAGAGUUAACGAUAGAUCCAUCAUUUGAAUUUGAAAAACGUAGAAACAUACCACUUAAAUAUAACAGAGAAACCUGGUCAAAGGCAGUAGAAGCAAUGAAAAAGGUAGAAAAAAUAAAACAGAAAAGGCAAGGAGCCUACAUUAUGCAAAGAUUACGUAAAGGUAGAGAAAUUGAACAAGAACGAGACAUCAAAGAGGUACAAAGGGAUCUGUCCCUUAUCAGAUCUCCAGCUGUUGGACUUAAAGAAAGAAAACAAGAAGAAUCUUUGGCAGAAGAUCACAGAGAAAGUGACGAAGAAAUGGAAGGUAUUAUUGAAGAUGGCGGAGAAGUUACAUUGUAAAAAAUACAAUUUGUUUACAAUAAUUAUUAUAAACAAUAUAAAGUUUCAUUGUGAGUUGUUAGUUUUCUAACUGUUAAUUUUUUAUUUAGUACUGAACGUCCAUAAAACAUUCAAAUACUUGGAAAUAUAUUUCAUUAUAUU